AAAUGUUUAGACGUGCAACACACAUAAUACGAAAUCUUACAAAACAUCAAAGAAAUGUGAAAUAUAUUUCAACAAUAACAUGUAGACGCGUUAUUAAUUCGGCAAUAGCUUCAAGUUCUAAGACAAAUUUGACUGAAUUUCGUUAUUGCUCCAACAACAAGCCAACUGAACAUGUUGUGGACUCUGUACUGGAUCAGACAACUUAUGAAAAAGUAUGCACCGAAACAAUGGAUGGCCUUAAUGACUACUUUGAAGCACUAAUGGAGAGUGUGGAAACUAUACCAGGCAGCGAUAUAGCAUAUAGUGAUGGAGUUUUAACUGUUAAAUUGGGACCUGAACAUGGCACCUAUGUUAUAAAUCGGCAAACGCCUAACAGACAAAUAUGGUUAAGUUCUCCUACAACGGGUCCUAAACGUUACGACUUUAUGGGACCAGCAACUGGUGAAUCUGGGAAAUGGGUUUAUCGUCACACUGGACAAUCACUGCAUGAGCUUUUACAACAUGAAUUGCAGAUGAUAUUUAAAGAACAAAAGGUAGAAUUUGAAGAUUUGCCUUAUGGUAGAUGAAUUGUGUAAAUUAUGUAACGAAAUAAAAAACGAAAAUGCAAUAUCAACUUA